CAUCAUUACACCACCGAGACACCUUAGAUAACCAUUGCUGCUGCACGUACCAUGGCGCAAGCGGUCAACGCAGACUUGCAGAGGGAAAGACAAAAUGCAACCUUUGACGUUGAUCAGCUAACAUACUUCCUGCAUGGCGGCAUUGAAAAGACUAGAAGAAAGCGAUACCUUCAAAAUCUUGCCAUACAAGGUAUUGCAAAGUUGCAACAUCGAAAGUUGGCACAGCUGUCAAGGGAAGAACAAUAUGAGUUGCUUCUGCGAAAAUUUGCUUACGUUUCAGAACUGGAAAAACAGUUGGGGCUUUCAGAUCCUACAGAUCUAUAUCACUUAAACGAGGCUGUCAUGACACAUGAGCCAUCAGGCUUUACGCUUCAUUCUGCAGCAUUUGUUAGCACUGUGGAGAAGUUGGCUUCUGAUGCUCAAAAGGAAAAAUGGCUACCAUUGAUGAAAAGUUUUCGAGUGGUUGGUACCUAUGCUCAAACAGAGAUUGGACAUGGUUCAUUCCUGCGAGGUCUGGAAACAACAGCAACCUAUGACUCUAAGACAGAGGAGUUUGUUAUCCAAUCACCAGCUGUGUCCUCUAUCAAGUACUGGCCAGGAGGAUUGGGAAAAACUUGCAACAGCUGUGUAGUCAUGGCCCAGCUCAUUUCCAAUGGACAGAACCUUGGCAACCACUUUUUUCUGGUGCAAAUCCGUGACUUCAACACUCAUGAACCUUUACCAGGAAUUACUGUGGGCGAUAUUGGAAACAAGUUUGGAUUUGAGAGUAAUGACAAUGGCUUCCUGAAGUUUGAUCAUUUUCGCAUCCCUCGAACCAAUAUGCUAAUGCGCUACUCUCAGAUUCUACCAGAUGGCACAUAUAUCUCACCAGCAAAUGAUCGUCUCCUCUAUGCUGGAAUGACAUCAUUACGCGCUAUGAUUGUUGGAAGCAAUGAACGCUCUUUGUGUAUGGCUGUCACAAUUGCUGUGCGAUAUAGCGCAGUACGAAGACAGUCAGAAAUUGAGCCUGGCUCUGGAGAAGUGCAAGUGUUGGACUUUCAGACACAGCAGUUUUGUUUGUUUCCGCAAAUGGCAAAUGCCUAUGCCAUUAAGUUUGCAAGCAAAGCCAUUAUGGCCUACUAUCACAAUGUGGCUGUUCAUAUCAACAAAGGAAAUUUAGAAGAGUUGCCCAUUCUCCAUGCACUAUCUGCAGCCCUAAAGGCAUACUCCGGAUGGAUAUGCACAGAAGGAGCCAAGGCAUGUCAGUUUGCAUGUGGUGGUCAUGGUUAUAGUGAGGCAAGUGGUCUGCCAAAGAUCUUCAAGUCUGUGGAACCAUCUUGUACUUAUGAAGGGGAGAACACUGUCCUCAUGCUUCAGACAGCGAGGUUCCUUGUGAAAAGCUGCAGCAGAAUAGCUAAGGGUCAGUCACUCCCAGGUGUGUUAGCAUUUCUGCAAAUGUCUUCUGGAGGUAGGAGUUCACUAGACAACAGCUGGAGCACAGCUGACCUUAUUCUAGCCUACAAACACCGUGCAAGAAGACUUGUGUAUGAUGUAGCACAAAAACUGCAAACAUCAAUCCAGCAGGGAAGACAGUCUGGAGAUGCAUGGAAUGCUAACUCUGUAGAACUGGUCAAAGCAUCAGUGGCCUUUGCCCAACUCUACAUUGUGGAAACAUUUGCUGAUGUCAUUGAACCUUUGAAUGGGAGACUUAAACAUGUCAUGGAAACUCUAUGGCAGUUAUAUGCCAUUCAUGGAAUAAGCAGUUGUCUUGGAGAUUUUCUGCAGGAUGGAUUCUUCAGUAGUCAUCAGGUAUCACUUCUGCAGUCCCGGUUGUUGACACUGCUGGCAGAGUUACGUCCAAAUGCUGUGGCCCUGGUAGAUGCAUUUGACUAUCCAGAUGCUGUGCUAGACAGUGCACUGGGACGCUGGGAUGGAAACGUGUAUGAGGCUUUGUAUGACUAUGCCUUGCAAAGCAAGCUUAAUGAGAAACAGGUUUUGGAUGCAUACCACAAGUACCAGCGCCCUUUUAUGGAGUCACAGUGGAAGCAAAACUCACUGCCAGUGGUUCAGUCUCACCUGUGACAUGAUAACUGAAUUUUUUUUAUAUCUGUUGUUAAAAAUAGCCAAUUUCAAACAUUUACAUUUGUAAAUGUAAAGUGUUUGGUAAAACUUUUUUUGUACACAUGAAUGUUGACGGAUUUCUGAGGUAUACAUUGAAUGGACAAUGUCUUUCUGAUAAACUCUGAUGGUGUUACAAAGAAUUGAAAUCAAGAAUGCAGAAUUCAAGUGACUGGGUGCUAUAGGCUGAUUAUAUAAGUUGUUGCUGGAAUGCUUUGCAGUAUUUCACAUUUUCUUUCAUUUCAGAUCAUUACUGGUUAGAAUGCUAAUAAUCACUACCCACAAGAAAAACUACUUUAUUUGUGAUGAUAAUAUGGAUGAUAAUGACAACUAUAGCAAUGAAUGUGAAGAGGAAAUGUGACAUUAUCACUCGGUUUCAUUAUUUAACUUUCAAUUUAUUCUUUAUUGUUAAGUUAAGAAGUGUGCAAAACACUUGAACACAAAUACUUUUUUAGAAGCUUGUUGAUGUGUACACCUGGACAAAAGCAGCUUGCAUACAUAAAUAUAUGAUCAUGUAGUAGAUGAGAAUUUAAACAUUACCAUUCUUUUAUCAUGCCUUUUAUUCGUGUAUAGAAAUACCAAAGUGAAAAUAUGUUCGAUUAUGGUCAUUCAAAUGCUCAGUUUUAAUGAUAAUGAAAUUAUAUCUUGAAUUCAAUCAUUUCUUUGAAAAGCAUUAUUACUUCUCCAGUUGGUCAUGACCAUCACAUUCUCCCAUCAAGUUUUGUCAUCAGAAAUCUUUUUAAAAUAUGAAGUUAAAAUAUUGUAUGACACAAUUAAUGUAUCAGCAACACCCUUGAAACCAUGAAGCUGACUAAAACAGAAAAAAAUUUGCACUGCAUAACUAUUUGUGUAAAAUAAUAUUAUUAUUAGUAAUAAAAAUUAGGGAAAAAUUUGAAAA